AAAAGUUACAACUUCCUUUCUUGGGUAGAUGUUCAUCAACAACGAAUGGCACGAGUCCACGAGCGGGAAAAAGUUCGCCACCUACAACCCUUCAACGCUGGAACAAAUCUGCGAGGUGGAGGAAGGAGAUAAGCCCGACGUGGACAAGGCCGUGGAGGCCGCACACGCCGCCUUCCAGAGGGGCUCCCCGUGGCGCCGGCUGGACGCCCUGAACCGAGGCCGCCUGCUGCACCAGCUGGCCGACCUGGUGGAGAGGGACCGCGCGGUCCUGGCCACCCUGGAGACGAUGGACACGGGCAAGCCGUUCCUUCACGCCUUUUUCAUCGACCUGGAGGGCUGCAUCAAAACCCUUCGCUACUUUGCGGGGUGGGCAGACAAGAUCCAGGGCCGGACCAUCCCCACAGAUGACAACGUCGUGUGUUUCACCCGGCAUGAGCCCAUAGGUGUGUGUGGGGCCAUCACUCCUUGGAACUUCCCUCUGCUGAUGCUGGUGUGGAAGUUGGCGCCGGCCCUGUGCUGCGGCAACACCAUCGUCGUGAAGCCGGCCGAACAGACGCCCCUCACCGCCCUCUACCUCGGCUCUCUGAUCAAAGAGGUCGGCUUCCCUCCGGGCGUGGUGAACAUCGUGCCCGGAUUCGGACCCACCGUGGGAGCCGCCAUGUCAUCCCACCCUCGGAUCAGCAAGAUCGCGUUCACCGGGUCCAUAGAGGUUGGCAAGCUGGUUAAAGAGGCCGCGUCUCGCAGCAACCUGAAGAGGGUGACGCUGGAACUCGGGGGGAAGAACCCCUGUAUCGUGUGUGCCGACGCCGACCUGGACUUGGCUGUGGAGUGCGCCCACCAGGGAAUAUUCUUCAACCAAGGCCAGUGCUGCACGGCCGCCUCCAGGGUGUUCGUGGAAGAGCAAGUGUAUCCUGAGUUCGUCAGGAGGAGCGUGGAGCGCGCCAGGAAGCGGCCCGUCGGGGACCCCUUCGACGCCAGAACGGAACACGGGCCCCAGAUUGACCAAAACCAGUUCGACAAAAUCCUCUCGCUCAUCGAGAGCGGCAAGAAGGAGGGAGUCAAGCUGGAGUGUGGGAGCUCGGGCAUGGAAGACCGGGGGCUCGUCAUCAAGCCCACCUUCUUUCUGGAAGCCACUGAGCCACGCCGGCCGGGUGCUCACCGCCAUUCUUGCCAUCGAUUAUAGAUUUUUGGGCCGGUGCAGCCGAUCCUGAAGUUCAAAACGAUCGAAGAAGUGAUCAGAAGAGCCAACAGCCUGGAAUAUGGGCUUCACGGCGGCUGUUUUUCACGAAGAACUUGGGACAAAGCCCCUGAAGCUGGCUUCCCGGCUUGGAAGUCGGGCACUGUCUGGAUCAACUGCUACAACGCCAUCUACGCGCAGGCUCCGUUCGGUGGCUUUAAAAUGUCGGGAAACGGCCGAGAAUUAGGCGAGUACGCGCUGUCGGAAUACACCGAAGUGAAAACAGUCACCAUCAAACUGGACGACAAGGACCCCUGAGGGGAAGGCGGGCUCUGUCCUCCGACGUCUGAAUGUGGCCCAUCCAUCCAACCUGCCGGAGAGAGAGCGACCUCGCUCAUUCCCUGGCCCCCUCUCUCCUGGAGACCUUACAUCCACUGGAUGGAUGGGAGAGAUUCUCAUUUCCUCCUCAUUCCUGUUGCAUUGACCAGUAUGUUGGGGGGUAAAAUUGCAGUUCUGCCUGGA